AUCACCACCACUGUAAUGACGUCUGAGUCUGGAGGUCUGACCUGAAAACACCACUGCAAGCGGUUCUAAAGUGCAGAUAGACACAGCGGAGAAAACCUCUCAGUUGGCUUUUCCCCAGAAACGAAACUCAGCCGGCGAAUGGAGGAGGAGUUUCGCUUUCAGCUCAGACUCCUGAGCAUCAGUAGCGCCUUCCAAAGCACUACCAGUACCACCUUCACCGCCAGAGGAGAGAAGCUCGGGCUCCGAAGAGGCUGAUCUGUCAGAAGCUGAGAAGAUGGGCUCCACGCUGAAUGAGCAGUACGAGCAGAAGGUGCGGCCGUGCAUUGACCUGAUCGACUCUCUGCGCUCUCUGGGGGUGGAGAAGGACCUGGCUCUGCCCGCCAUCGCCGUGAUAGGAGACCAGAGCUCCGGGAAGAGCUCCGUGCUGGAGGCGCUCAGCGGGGUGGCCUUACCGAGGGGCAGCGGUAUUGUGACACGAUGUCCGCUGGAGCUGAAGAUGAAGAGGAGCAAGGAGGAGGACAGCUGGUACGGCAAGAUCAGCUAUCAGGGUCAUGAGGAGGAGCUUGAUGAUCCAGUAGAGGUGGAGAAAAAGAUCAGAGAAGCUCAGGACGAAAUGGCUGGGGUUGGAGUGGGCAUCAGUGAUGACCUCAUCAGCCUGGAGAUCACCUCGGCUGACGUCCCUGACCUCACACUCAUCGACCUGCCCGGGAUCGCCCGCGUGGCCGUCAAGGGACAGCCAGAGGACAUCGGAGACCAGAUUAAGCGGCUGAUCCGAAAGUUCAUCACAAAACAAGAAACAAUUAGCUUGGUGGUGGUGCCAUGUAACGUUGACAUAGCGACCACCGAAGCCUUGAAGAUGGCUCAAGUAGAAGACCCAAACGGCGAGAGAACUCUAGGGAUCCUAACGAAGCCGGACCUGGUGGACAAGGGCACGGAGGAGACAGUGGUGGACAUUGUUCACAAUGAAAUCAUUAACCUUACCAAAGGCUACAUGAUCGUCCGGUGCAGAGGCCAGAAGGAGAUAAUGGACCGGCUUUCUCUGACUGACGCCAUGGAGAAGGAGAAGGCCUUCUUUAAAGACCACGCUCAGUUCAGCAAGCUGUACGAUGAAGGAAAAGCCACCAUUCCCAAACUAGCUGAGAAACUCACGCUCGAGCUGGUCAAUCACAUCGAGAAAUCCCUGCCACGGUUGGAGGAGCAGAUCGAGGCAAAGCUUGCUGAGACCCAGGCGGAGCUGGAAAGGUAUGGCGAUGGACCGCCCACUGAACCAGCAGAGCGCAUCUACUUUCUGAUUGAUAAAGUCACAGCGUUCAAUCAGGAUGCUCUCAGCCUGACCAUUGGAGAGGAGCUGAAGACCACCCCGCACCUCAACAUCUUCUCAAAACUCAGGAUGAAAUUUGCGAGCUGGAAGGAACAGCUGGAUGACUCAGGCGAGACCUUUAACAAGCGGAUUGAGAAGGAAGUCAAUGCAUAUGAGGAGAAGUACCGAGGCAGAGAACUCCCAGGCUUUAUCAACUACAAGACCUUUGAGGUGAUGGUAAAGGAACAGAUCAAGAAGCUGGAAGAGCCUGCGAUUAGGAAAUUGAAGGAGGUCUCAGAUCUUAUCAGAAAGAGCUUCAUUGAGCUGGCUCAGAGCAGCUUUGCGGGCUUCCCCAACCUUCUCAAAACAGCGAAGACCUUGAUUGAUAACAUCAAGCAGGAGAAAGAGACGGAGGCCGAGACGCUGCUGAGGACCCAGUUUAAGAUGGAGCAGAUCGUGUACACUCAGGACAGCAUGUACAGCCAAAGCCUGAGUGCCAUGAGGCAUGAAGAAGAGGACGAAAAUGAAGAAUAUGCCAAACCGUCCAGAAUAAAUGGCUUUGCUUCUGUGAGUUUGAUCUCCAACACCGACAACCACGCCACCCUUCAGGAACUGAUGCGGCACCUCAAGUCCUACUAUAACAUCGUCAGUACGCGGCUGGCGGACCAGGUCCCGCUUGUGAUGCGCUACCUGCUGCUGGAGGAGAUGGCCAAGCAGCUGCAGAGGGACAUGCUCCAGCUGAUGCAGGACAAGGACUCCACCGACGAGCUUCUUAAAGAAGACUACGACAUUGGCAGCAAGCGCGCCAACCUGCUGAGCCGCCAGAAACGCCUGAUGCAAGCCCGCAGCUACCUCGUCAAGUUUUAGGAUCCAGCCUACAAGUAUGUCAUGGAGAGAGAAGCCGGACAAUCCUUUUUAAGGAGCUGAAGAAAGGGAAUUCCUGAGAAGCUUCUCCGCAAGGCAGUUUAGGUUUUUGUUGUGCUACAAGAUUUCCUCACCUUCAUUGUAACCGUCUUUUUUUCUUAUUUUUAUUAUCUCUGCUGUGAAAUGUAAACGUUCUGUAAACGUUUUAGGAAUAAAUAUUCACAUUAGUCAA